UAAUUAUGCAGCUAUAAAAUAUCUGACUUUAACAAGUAAGCUCUUUUCUAGCUUAAAGAAAUAAAAAUCCCAUCCUGUCAAAUUUUGUGGGGGCAUUUGUACGUUCUGAUAAUUUCCUAAUUGUAUAUCAUUGCACAUUUUCUAAUUUUCUCACCUGGGGCUAGGCCUGCAUGGUCUUGCAUUUGUCCAAAAUCCAUACAUGUAAAAAGCAGAAAAAAAAAAUGUAAUCGAAUUUGUCAAAUAUAACAAUUUACUGGUGAGGGCUCCCAACACCUGGGACCAGUCUGAAGAAAAAGAAAUAUUCAGCACAGGGAGAGUUAAACAUUGGUGAUUUGCAAGGUUUUCGUCAGAAGCAUCUUCUUUUUCUAUGACUCUUCGAGGAGAUGUGUACCCAUCCCUCUUAUCUUAGUGAAGCAGCUGGGCUACUGCUGCCAUAAAUCAGGAGCAAAACCGAGGGAUGGUGAUGGGUAAGACUUAUGGCAGGGCGGUGGUGGUGCCUGGUGAGAGGGAGCAGACCAGGUUAAAAUGAAGCGCUUGGACUCCCUGCGGGAAGGAGACAUGGGGGACACGAAGCCUGCAGUGCGGCUGCGACGGAAGGGAUGGGGCAGCGCUGAUCCCUGUGGGGCAAAUCCUUGUCCUGGGGGUGGGAACCCUCACCCCAACAGCUCAACAUGGAGCAGCUGGGAGUUGGCAGCUGUAAUCAUUGCUGGCCUCCUCCUGCUCUACAUCCCACUGUGCUAUGAGAAUUUCCAUUUCCACGUGGCUCAUUUGUAUGCUCGCCUGGGGUACCCCAAUGCCCAGCACAUCCUGGGACAGAGGUAUUUGCAAGGAACCGGAGUGGAAAAAAAUGAGGACAUGGCUAUGCACUGGUUCAGGCAGGCUGCGGGGCAGGGCCAUCCCCACUCCUCCUUCAACCUGGCGGUGGGGGCACUCAGAAACAUGACCAUGGCACUUGAAGAAGGGGAAGUGGAGAAACUUCUCAGUGUGGCAGCAGCCCAUGGGCUCCAGGAAGCUCAGCAACUUUUGGAAAACAUCCUCAAGAGCAGAAACCUUCCCUGAUUUACUGCUGCAACACCAGUGCUCGUCCAACCUUGCCAACUUAGCAACCCCACUUUCUCCUUGCUGAGUGUCUUUAGGCAUUCAAGUCAUUCAUUGAAUACUGCACUUGCUUUGUACUGGAUCUCCAUGGUCAGAUCUAUGGCAGUCGUGUUGCUGCACCUUCUCUUUUUGCUUCCUGGCUCGCCACUUCUGAAGAGCACAGAAAAGGUGGAGGAGACAAAUAGCCUUCAGGAUUACAUGGGUGAUGGGCAUAUGAAUGUUUUUGAAAAAACACCACUACUUUUGUACCAAUUUAUCUGCUAAUACUAAGUUCAGUUUAGAUCCCAGUGUUGACCUGGGCCUGGUGUGGGGUUGCUGCACAUUUGUGCUACCUGUAUUUCAUGCUCUGCUUAGGCAUUGUGAUAACUAAUCACGACUAAGCCUUUAUCACUUUAAAUCAGCAUGGCAUGCAUGCACGAUGCCAUCUGUAAUAGAAAUGACAGUGAUUUAAUAGAAAAUAUAAAUGAUGCUCUCACUUAAUGCUAUCAUUCCUUAUCAGCAUUACCAUUGUCAUGCCAGUUUUGGGGAAAAGUAAUUCAGUUUAAUGGAAACUGCCUUCAUUUUUGGGGUGGUCUCAGUUUAAAACAACAGUGAGCAAUUGCAUUUCAUGGGAAGUGCACUCACUAACAAAGACCCGCAGCAUUUUGCUGGCAAUAAAAUUG